UUGAGCCCUUUUUGUCACAUUUUUCUGUACACUCAUCAUCAUAUGCCCACAUCCACAUCCACAUCUGCCCUCUCCUCUCUCUCUCUGUGACUCUAUCCGUCUCAACAGAGCAAACAAACCAACCUCCUCCCUGCUUCUAGGGUUUCUCUCUUUUCCCCCCUUUUUAAUUUCUUCUUUUUUCCUGCAAUUAUUUUCUUCAAUUCUUCUCAAAAGCUCCUCAUUUGGAAGAAAUUCAACACAUUUGGCAGUGCUUGGAUUUGAUAAGAGCUCUGAUAAUCUAAGCUCAGAGAGAUUUGAAAAUUCAUUUGGAAAGAUGGGUGUCAUGUGUGAUUUUUGUGGGGAUCAAAGGGCAAUGGUUUUCUGUCGAUCUGAUGUUGCUUGUUUGUGCUUAUCUUGUGAUCGUAAUGUUCACUCGGCUAACGCCUUGUCGAGGCGUCAUACAAGAACGCUGUUAUGUGAAAGAUGCCAUUUGCAACCUGCCUCAGUAAGAUGUAUUGAUGAGAGGGUUUCUCUGUGUCAAAAUUGUGACUGGACGGGUCAUGGCACGUCUUCGACUUCAUCAUCGCACAAGAGGCAAGCCAUCAAUUGUUACUCUGGUUGUCCAUCAGCUGCUGAGCUUUCUUCCAUCUGGUCCUUUGUUUUGGAGGUUCCCUCUGUGAAUGAUGCUUGUGAGACAGAGAUGGGAUUGAUGAGCAUUUCUGAGACCGACUUGACGGGAGCUUGGAGCCCUUCGGAGAAUAACGACGCCUGUCGAAGAAUGCUCGAGUCGACUGAAGCCAGAGAUGUUUGCAGCAGGGACAAAUCAAAUGUUUUGGUUGGAUCAUCUUCACUCUCUGACUUUGGCUCUAGGCCUCACACUUCAGAUCAGCCAGUUGAAUUGGCUAAUAUGGCUGUACCCAAGUUUUGCUGUCCUGGAACGAAACUUCCCGAAUUCUGUGGCGACGACGACGACGACAUCUACAAGGAGUUUGACAUGGAUGAAAUGGAUUUGAAUCUCGAAAAUUACGAGGAGCUAUUUGGUAUGAGCCUUAAUCAUUCUGAAGAUCUUUUCGAGAACGGUGGAAUCGAUAGCCUUUUCGAGGCGAAAGGCUUUGAAGAUUCAGUUUGCCACAGUGCAGUUGCUGCAGAGGGCUCUUCUGUUGGAGUGGUCAAACCAAUGCAGCCAGCCUGCAGCAAUGGUGCAUCUGCCGACUCGGUUGUGAGUACUAAAACCGAACCGAUUCUCUGUUUUAAUUCAAGGCAAGCAUCGGGUGUGUCGUUUUCUGGCAUUACGGGUGAGAGUAGUGCUGGUGAUUAUCAAGACUGUGGAGCUUCUUCCAUGCUUCUAAUGGGAGAGCCUCCUCCUUGGUGUGCUCCUGGCACUGAAAGUUCGAUCCCGUCGUCUGAUCGUAACAAUGCUGUUCUACGUUACAAGGAGAAAAAGAAGACACGCAAAUUUGAGAAACGAGUAAGAUACGCGACACGCAAAGCUCGAGCCGAUGUGAGAAGGCGAGUGAAGGGACGCUUUGUGAAGGCCGGAGAGGCGUAUGAUUACGACCCGUUGAGCCAGACUAGAAGCUGCUGAGUACAAUUUUUAACUAUGCUUUACAAAAAGGAAUGAAUCACUCUGAUGUCUGCUUGGAAAGAUACAUACUUUAUUUAUCUAACCAGUGGAUGAUUUUGAUGCAUGAUGAUAAGCUGUCUCAUUAUAUCACAGGAAGGUUCGAUGAAAGGUCGCGUCCAGAACAGCGGUUCGGAAGGUUCCACGACCAAACUUUCCGGGGAGAAGUCGAAAAGGGUGUAUAGAUCAGAGCUUCAAUAAGAGACAGUCAGUCACCAUAAGAUUUUGGUCAAGCUUUGAGGGCAGCUCCUCUGAAACUAUCUGUUCAUCGAUCCCUUGUUGGUCAGAAACUAUACUUACCUGACAUUUUUUUUUUUUUUGUUGUUGAUCUGAUGAAACCUGGCUUGGUGUCGGGUGAAAAGCCCGCGAUGGCCGAAAUAUUAUUUUGUUUGUAUAGCACAGAGUCAGAAUAUUUUACGACACGUGGAAUUGAGUUGAGUUGAGUUGAGUUAGUAGCAGUAGAAAUAUGGUUCGGUUCGGUUGAGUUCCAAGGUUGAACCUAAGAUUUUCUCAUUUCCACUUGUAAAUGUAAGGUGAUAGAUUGCAUAUGCAUUUGAGAGAGAUUUGUUAAUUGUAUUCAUACCUUGUAAAUUUAUCUUCUUUGUACCCUA